GCGCAACCACGAGCACGUCCGUCCGCGCGAGCGGGCCAUGGUCGCGAGAACCGAUGAGAGCAUGUUCGGGUGCUAUGGUGACAGCUACUCGUACCGCCUGUGGAGCCUGGCCAACGUGUGGGGCGCUUGCCGAUGUGAGUAGUGCACCGUCGGCGGCCCGCGGUGCCCGUGCCCCUUCCACUUCCAAAACUGGGACUUUUGCCGCUGACGUCAGCGGAGGCUGUGAAUCUCGGUGUAGUACGUGGUAGAUGCGAUCCCACCGGCGCGAGGUGCGCGUCGCGGUGUCAGUCAGUAGCGGCUGGUGGGUCAGUGCGUGUGUCGCGGAGCCCGGAGUCCCGCUCGUGUCGCUCGAUGAAAGUGCACAGCUCGCUUAUGGGAGUUGGCGGUUGGUACGAAUGCUUGGCGGCCGGUUGGCUUGCGGACAUGAGGAGUAAGCAGGUGCCCACGUCUACCACCUCGGCCAGGCGGCUCGCGGCCUUGAUCCGUCCGCUGGCAGGCGGAGGGUCGGAGGGCAAGCCGUCAGAGGAGGAGGAGGAGCGCGGCGGAUCGCCGCUGGGCCCCGGCGGCCCCUUCACCUGCAGCCAGUGCCGCGGCGCGUACCCCACGCGCGAGCAGCUCGAGCGGCACGAGACGCUCCACUCUCCCAGCACACAGGUGGAUACAGUCAAAUAUACAUGCAAGAUCUGCCACAAGAGUUUCGCGAACGUGUACCGUCUGCAGCGACACAUGAUCAGCCACGACGAGAGCGCGCUGCUGCGCAAGUUCAAGUGUAACGACUGCGACAAGGCAUUCAAGUUCAAGCACCAUCUAAAGGAGCACCUGCGCAUCCACAGCGGGGAGAAACCUUUCGAAUGUGCCAAUUGCGGAAAAAAGUUUUCGCACUCUGGAUCCUACUCCAGUCAUAUGACCUCUAAAAAGUGUCUCGUAAUGAAUUUAAAAAUGGGAAGAAUAAAGGCCAAUAACCCAGCGUUGAAUCCAGACCGAAGUCCGUCUCGAAAGCGCGGCAAUCCCAUGGUUACGUCACAACUUAACAACAACAUCGCUCCCAAUGGGGGCAUAUUCCAUCCCAUUCUUCCGAAGUACAAUGAAGCGGCUGCGUUUUUCGCUUCAAUGUCGUCGCAAGAGAACAAUUUUCAUCGACCGCCGCUCGGGCAGACCGGUCUUAAUCCUUUCUAUAUGCCUCCAGGAAUACCAAUCAGUCCGGCAAGCGGUAUAGCCCCGUACACUCUGAAUGCAACUAUAAGUCAAAUCUUCGAGCAAUGGGCUUCCUCACAGUAUUCGCAUAGAAAAAUAGAAAACGCCACAAGUCCAAAACAUAAUAGUCCCACGCUCGCCGAUCCUGAAGAUUUAAUCGAAGAAGUGACCGAAGAGGACGACAAGCGUUCUGAAGGCAGCGCGGAGCUAGUGAUGGAUAUAGAGGACGAUGAAGCCGUUACCAUAAAGAAGGAACAAGAAGAUCGGGAGCCUGAUCUAAGAUCGCCGUCUCGCAUUUACGAUUCCGUCCCUGUAAAUAACAACGGCCUUAAGCCCGACAACAAUCACUCAGGAUUUAAUACAAUAUUAGAAUCUGUUAAUGAAUCAGUGACUAAACACUUCUUUAGUGCGAAUAUGGACAAACUGUCACCCAUGCCGGAUAACAUGGGCCCUGGCGUAGAAUCUCCACCGACGCCACAUGUCAUCAUUAAAGAAGAGCCUGAAGACCCCUACAGAUGUUUAAAAUGCAACUCUAUUUUCAAUAACAAAAGUGAUUUCAUGGAGCACGAAAAGUCUCUUUGCGGAAAUUUAUUCAGAAAACAUGAAAGCUUGGCAGCUCAAGUAGCCGAAACGGUAGCUCUGAAUAGGAUAGAAGCUGAAAUGCGUGUGUGUGCCUCCGUACAAAGCGGAGUGAGCGCCAGUGAAGACGAAGACUGUAAAGAUGAUCGUGAUGAAAAAUUGUCAGUACAUGAUAGCGACAGGAAAAUCAGGGUGCGAACGGCCUUAAGUGAGGAACAGCAAACGGUAUUAAAGGAACAUUACGCCUUAAAUCCCAGACCGAAUCGUGAAGAAUUCAAAAGAAUAGCUCAAAAAAUCGGUCUUGACAACAGGGUGGUUCAAGUGUGGUUCCAAAACAACAGAGCCAGGGUGCGCAGAAUGACACAAACACUAACCGCGUCUGAUCAACCUUUAGACCUCUCCACGAAGAAGUCCAACCCGUCGGUCACGUCCAGUCCGUCGCCGUCGCCGUGCAGCAUUUCAGUAACACAUUCCGACUCUGAGGAAGCGGUGAAUCUGAGCCAGAAGUCAUCGCGCAGCACGACGCCGCAACGCAUCGGCUACACUCACGCGUAUCCACAUUCCAAUUGCUCCUCAUCUUCGUUCACUGAUUUUCGGAUGUCGCCUUCGCCAGGCGAAAUUAUUAACGGACAAAAACGGUUACUGCCGCAAAAGUUAAAUCCAUUGGUUCCAAUGGAAAAGCUUUUACAAUACAACGACAUGGCUAACGGCAGGUCCCCUGUCCUGAACAUGCACAUGUCAUCAGACAUCACGCGACAAGGCAGUCCAUCUUACGAGCGACCCCAAUGGGGGGACGAAACGCAAGCUCCAAACGAGUUCGACGACGAAGCCACUGUACUUAAGAAAAGUAAGCUCAAACACAGCACAGACAUUAAGGAAGGAGAAGGGCAGUUCGUCUGCGACCAAUGCGACAAGACUUUUGUGAAGCAGAGCUCUCUGGCGAGACACAAAUAUGAACAUUCAGGCCAGCGUCCUUACAAAUGCAUGGAGUGUCCGAAAGCGUUCAAGCACAAACACCACCUGACCGAGCACAAGCGGCUGCAUACCGGCGAGAAGCCGUUCCAGUGCUGCAAAUGCUUCAAGAAGUUCUCCCACUCCGGCUCCUACAGCCAGCACAUGAAUCACAGGUUCGCCAUAUGCAAGCCCUACAGAGAUUAGACGCGGCGUCGCCUGUCUCCAUAGCACAAAAAUCAUUAUAUUGUGUAAAUAUGCAACGAAAUUUGAUUCAUGAAGAUUUUUGUAUUAAUAUUUUGAAGUAUCAACGAAAUACUGCAACGAAAUAGUUGGUGUUGUGCCAAAUACCUUCUCAACAUGUUUUGAUGCGGCGAUUGAUAGAGAACAAAGAACUAUAAGUAACGAGAUGGCAUGAAACUGAAAUGUGUAAGUCCUGUGCGGAUACUGAGACCAAGUCUUAACCGGCAGGAGUGUUAGAGAAAGGACGGGAAUCUCUUUAUAAUACUCAUGUGUUAAAGUAUUUAUCGCCCGGUAUUUUCAUUUCAAAUCAUAUUUAAAGUCAUUGCUCAACAUCAUAUUUUUAUACAGUAGGAAAUAAUUUGUAUUCCCUAUUUAUAAAUAGUGUCAAAUAUACCAAAAAAUGUGCCAUACGAUGAGCCAAAUUUUAUAAUUUACUUAUUUUUUAGUUUUGUAUAGUUUAACGUAAAACCCAAAGGCCAGUACCUGCGACAGAAUACUCGGAUAAUGUAUAUUGCUUUAUUUUUAUAUAGUUAUGGCCGUUUUGUUUAUAUAAGAUACAACGUUGACGAUGAGGUGCCGAUUCAGUUCCGAAUGAAGUGACUCAAAUAACUUAUUAUGGUCCACUUGAGCCUGAACAGAACCCGCGCCUGAUCGUGCUGUCAUCGUACUAUGCAGUUUAUUUUUAAUCGUUUAAAUAGAAAACAAAGAUGCACCUGCAACGGUCAAUGCAAAUAAGUUUACGGGAGUGCGCGAGCGCAUAAGGACAAUGCACGCACACGUGCACUCCUAUUGUGAUGACAAUAUUCUAGAGUUAUAAACAACAUAAUAUAUUUAUAUUCAAGUAAGGUCUCUAACUCAUACACUAAUACGUAACAGUAUACGUACACAAUAGGACAAUCUAUAUUCGUUGAAACAUUUCUAAACGCUUGGCUUUCAAGUUGUGCUUCAUUUUUUUUUAUUUCUUCCACAAAUCUAAUCGUCUCUUCAAAUUCUAUACUAUGUUAAAAUAAAAAUAAUAUUAAUAAUUAUAAAAUUUUACUCUAAGCUUCUCUUAUUGUAACGUUAAAUGUUUAGAUAGAUUCAAUCUUAAUUAAGUUUAAAGCAUUCCAUAAUACUCCUAUGGGAUCUCUGCUGUGUUUACAAAACUCUUUCGAUUAGUCCAAAGAUAGUAUAUAAUAAGUUGUAAAUAUAUAUGUAUAUGUAAAUAAUAACGGAUUUAUGUGUAAAUAGAAUCGCUUUAACAGAACAUAGCGUGUGCGGGCGGCAUGCGGCGGCAGGCGGCGGCCCGCGCGCGCCGCGAACACGAGACAAUAAUGCACUUCCGAUAACGAACACAAUAGGAUAAAGAUAAUGUUAUUGUAAAACUUAUUGAUAAUUAUAUCUUAUAGUACAUAAUAUACAGUAGCAAUCAACCAAUCGCUAUCCACUAUCGAACAUCUCUAUUUUUUUACACCAAAUAUUUUAUCUCGUGCAUCAGUGCGUCGCGUCGGCGACGCUCUCACGACCACAAAGCGCAUUAAGUUCAUUGUUGUUGUACUUAAUUUGUUCUUAUACUCCGCUCAGUCGUUACACAUUAGCUAAUGCCUAAUGGCGCCUACAGAGACAGUGUAUUCAAUAUUCAUCGAUAUAUUCCAUUAUCUUGCCGUCAAACCUAAUCAAACUCAUUUGUUAAUCACAACAGUAUGUUAGAACAGAAAGUUCCUAAGCGAAAAAUACAUUUUAAGAAAUACCUAAUAUUAUUUCUAUAUUUUAAUAAUUGUAAGUAGGUAAUAAUUUUGAAAGGUUUCUAAUCAACGAAUUACAUAUAAUAUGAAUGCGAACAGUAUAUACUUUGUGAUUAUAGUUGCAGUGAUAGAGUUCAGCGCAGUAUUUGAAAUUAUUAUACGAAUCUCCAUUUAGCAUAGUUGUUCAACCGCGAUGUUCAAACGUAUUGUAGACGCGACGAGUCCCGGCCCCGGCCGCAGCGCUGGCCAGUGGCCUGCGGAGCGCAGCGGCCGCGACUGGGCACGCUCUCAUCCACGCUCUGUAGUCUGUACUAUACAACAGUAUUCUACAAAAUCCAUCGCCACACGAAAAUAUGUACCUACCUAUUAUACGUACGCGAUAAAUGAAAAAAUAUCUAAUAUACAUACCUAUAUUUAAAUUAGUUAUAAUUGGACAUAAGCAAACCUGUUUGAACUAUUUCAUAUUUUAUUGUAACUUUUGUUUAAAUUAAUUAAGUAUAAGUGAUUUCCAAAUUACGACCGGUGGGCUAGAUAAACCAAAGAUUACUUACGUGAACGGCACGCGUACCCUGUAAUAUAUAACGAACGCGUCGUAGAUAAUAAGUUAGCUUUAGUUAUGUGCCAAAAAUAAUUUUAAGCUUCGAAAUGAACUUUUUAUAAUAUAAAAGAUUUUAUUUUUCACAAGGAAUGGCAUUGUACUGUAUAGUUCGGUUACAUGUGCAAUAAUAUUGCAUUGUAGUAUUUUGAUCUUCUUGUGAGUGUAUAAUAAGAUGCAAGCGAAAGUGAAUUCCUAUUGCCAUAUUUGUGUAUGGGUGGUUAUUUUCUAUGACAAGUAGCUUCGAUUCCCCGGAGUUUCCAUACAAGGAAUACGUCUCUAUGAAUUAGUGUCGUGGACUCUAAUUGAAUAUGAUCAUGUAUUUCUUAAUUGUUUACGCAAUCUGAUAAUUAGUUAUAGGUAUUAACGUUGUUUAUACGUUACGAAAAUUCCGCGUGGAAUCUAAAUUGUCAUAGCGAGUACAAGCCCUGUUGUAAUUGUGAGAUGUGUGUGGAGAGAGUAGUGAGGAAUGUGGUGCCACGUGCCAACGGUUGCUGAACAUUUGUUAUAAUAAGUACUUUAGAUUGUUAAACUUACACAUAGAUUAACAUGUGUUAAAAUAUUGCCUAUAUAAAUUAUAGUAAUUCAUUUUACUUGAUAUUAUAAUGUAUAUUGAAUUUAUGAAUAUUAAAAAUAUAUAUAUUGACAUUUCAAUGCAAA